AUCCUCCUCCAUUUCUUCAACUACAGCUCAAGAGCCAAAGCCAACACACAAACUCUCUCUCUCUCUCUCUCUCUCUCUUAAAAUUUGAAUACAAAAUUCACAACUAACAACCAACCUAGUCGACUCCCUUCAUUUCCUCCCUUUUCCCGCAUCAAAUCCCAAAAAAUAAUUAAACAUUUUCUAUCUCCCUCUGGCCUCUCCUAAUCAAUCAGUGGCAACCUAAUUAAUUAAUUUCAACUUCAAACCCCACUUGCCAAAAGAUGUUGAAAAAACUAAAGAGAAGAGUCAAAAGCUUAAUUACUAAGUCCUUCAGAAAACGUCUCAAACAACAAUCUUAUAAAGCCCCUUCUUCUUCUCCUUCUCCAUCUCCACCACCACCAGCACCUUCAACAAUGUCUCACCAUUCUCACCAAAAGCCAUCAUUUUUUCCAUUUCUCUUCCCUAAGGUCCAAUCCACUGCCCUCCCUGAUCCAUCCCUUUUCUUUGCACCUUCCCUUCUCUCCUCUCCUUUACCCACUAACUCUUUCUUUCAGAAUUUUACCCUUAAAAAUGGUGAUCAGCCAGAGUACAUCCACCCUUAUGUCAUUAAAUCCUCUGAUUCUUCACUUUCUAUAUCCUACCCAUCUCGUUUCCAUAACUCUUCUUUCUUGUACCAAGUUUUUGUUCCUGAUCUCACCAUCUCUCCAUCGAAUAAAACCAACCCAGAUGCUCAAAAAAAUCAUAUUAUUUCAUCUUUUAGUGAUCUUAGUGUCACUUUAGAUAUACCCUCUUCAAAUUUUCGGUUCUUUCUUGUUAGAGGUAGCCCCUUUUUAACAUGUUCAAUAACCGGGAAUACUCCAAUUUCUAUAUCAACUAUUCAUGCCAUUCUUGAAUUUACUCCAAAUAAUUCACUCACUAAGUAUACUGCUAAGCUUAAUAACGGUCAAACUUGGCUUAUUUAUUCCUCUUCUCGUAUUAAUUUGACACAUAGUCUUUCUUUGAUUAGUUCUGAUGGAUUUUCAGGCAUGAUAAGGAUUGCUAUAUUGCCUGAUUCUGACCCUAAAUAUGAAGCAAUUCUUGACAGGUUCAGUUCCUGCUAUGCAGUCUCAGGUGAUGCAGUUUUUACUAAACCAUUUUGUUUAGAGUAUAAAUGGCAAAAGAAAGGGUGGGGUGAUUUGCUUAUGCUUGCACAUCCUUUACAUGUUAAGCUUUUGUCUUGUGAAAAUGUUGUUGUUUUAAAUGAUUUUAAAUAUAGAAGUAUCGAUGGUAAUCUUGUUGGUGUUAUUGGAGAUUCGUGGGAAUUGAUGUCAGAUCCUGUUUCAAUCACUUGGCAUUCAAUUCAUGGCAUUAAAGAAGAAUCAUGUGCUGAAAUUGCGUCUGCGCUUUUUAAGGAUGUUGAGGGUUUAAAUUCAUCAGCUAUAACCACAACCUCAUCUUAUUUUUAUGGUAAAUUGAUUGCAAGAGCAGCAAGAUUGGCUUUGAUAGCCGAGGAGUUGGGUUUUCUUGAUGUGAUUCCUAAGAUAAAGAAGUACUUGAAGGAAACAAUUGAACCAUGGUUGGAAGGGACGUAUAGUGGGAAUGGUUUCUUGUAUGAUGAUAAGUGGGGUGGAAUUGUCACCAAACAAGGUUCAACUGAUUCUGGUGCAGAUUUUGGAUUUGGAGUUUAUAAUGAUCACCAUUUUCAUAUUGGUUACUUUCUUUAUGGAAUUGCAGUUCUCGCUAAAAUUGACCCAUUCUGGGGGAGGAAGUAUAGGCCGCACGCAUAUACUCUUAUGGCAGAUUUUAUGAACUUAGGCAGACGGUCAAAUUCAUAUUAUCCACGUUUGAGGAACUUUGAUUUGUACAAACUACAUUCUUGGGCUGGGGGACUGACAGAAUUCGCCGAUGGGCGGAACCAGGAGAGCACAAGUGAGGCAGUGAAUGCAUAUUAUGCAGCAGCUUUGAUGGGAUUAGCCUAUGGAGACACCCAUCUUGUUGCCACUGGAUCAAUGCUUACUGCCAUGGAGAUUCAUGCUGCACAAACAUGGUGGCAUGUUAGGGAGGGUGAUAAUUUGUAUGAAGAAGAUUUCACAAGAGAGAAUAGGGUGGUGGGAGUUUUGUGGAAUAACAAGAGAGACAGUGGUCUUUGGUUUGCACCUCCUGACUGGAAAGAGUGUAGGCUUGGAAUUCAGUUGCUGCCCUUGUUGCCUAUCUCUGAGAUUUUGUUUUCUGAUGUGGGAUUCGUCAGGGAGCUUGUCAAUUGGACAUUACCAGCUUUAGCAAGAGGAGGAGUGGGUGAAGGGUGGAAAGGUUUUGUCUAUGCCCUGGAAGGGAUAUAUGACAAAGAAAGUGCUCUGGAAAAGAUCAAAAACUUGAAUGGCCAUGAUGAUGGUAACUCAUUAACGAAUCUCUUAUGGUGGAUUCACAGCAGAAGUUACGAAGAGGAACACGGGUGUGAAGGAGGGGGGAAAUUCUGCUGGUUUGGUAGCUAUUGUCACUGAAUUUGUUUCUUAAUAUUAUUGAGACAAGAUUGAAAAAGAAGGUGAAGUCCACAAUGAUAGUAUAUGAGGUGGAAAUUAUUCUUUUAUAGCAGCAAUAUAACCAUCUAGGCCUGCUUCUUUUCUGUGAUUCUUUUGCUUAUGUUCUUUUUGUGUGAGUUUGCAAACCAAAUAUUAAAGAUGAAAUAGAUAUGAGCAUUUUAUGUCUUUGAUGCGCCUGCAUAUUGGCAUAAGGUUUUCAAUAAAUGACUGUAUGUUUUACUAUUGCAUAUAAUUUUACUGAAGCUGGUUGAAAUGAGAAAGCUUGAUGUUCAUUGUU